UCUACCUGUUAUCUUAACUUAAUCUUGUUGACUCACUUCUAGCUCUGAACUAGAUCGUGAAUAGUCGAAAUUCAUGCAUUUAACUUUUUUGGAUGUUAUAAUUGAUUUUAUGUGGAAAAUUAUGUUGUUACACAAAGUAAUUUAACAACCACAAUGAAGGGUUGGUGGUGUUUUUUGGGUAUCAUACCGGUGUUGGAAACUCUAACCAUCUACGUUAAUGAAUCCAAAGAAUGCCCUCAUAUCUGCUUCUGCUGGGAUUUGAUCACUAACUGUCAAAAUAAAGGCCUAAGUCAACUGCCUAAAGGAAUAGAUCCAAAAGUGAUCAGCUUGGAUGUAUCCAUCAAUAAAAUUACCAACAUACCAGACAGAUUGAAAACUUACGUGAAUUUGAAGUACCUUAACAUAUCUCACAAUAGAUUGGCAGCUUUAAGCCAUCUGGACUUUGAUGGUUUAUCGAAAUUGGAAUUAUUAGACUUAUCUUUCAACUAUUACCACGAUUGGAAGGAUUUUCAGCCACAAACGUUUUGGAAUUUACCAAAUUUGACUUUCAUUGAAUUUUCGAGUAAUCCUCUUAGCAAUUUACCUCAGUUUUCUACGCAUUUUAAAAUUAAAUCACUACAAGUGCUUAAACUAAACAACUGCUCCAUAACUGCACUUCCAAAUGGAUUUCUAAGAGGCAUGACGAAUAUUAAAGAAAUACAUUUGAAUUCAAAUCCUAUAGAAAUAUUGAAUUUGCCACUUAAUUCCGAAACAUUAAAAUUCAUGGAUCUAAGCAAAACAUCUCUAUUUUAUUUAGCACCAAACUCUUUUAAAGAAUUAAAGGGACUAGAGACUGUACAGUUAAAUAAAAAUAAAUACCUAAGAAACGUUACUAUUAACUCAGAUAGUUUGCUAUUCUUGGAUAUAUCUGAAAGCUUCUUAGAAGUACCUCCAUAUGGUGACAUGAAAUAUUUAACAGCUUUGAACCUGCAUGGAAAUAUUUUAAGAGAGUUAACCAACAAUAUGUUUAUUAACAUGUCUAGCUUAACGUUUCUGAAUAUUUCUCUUAAUGCGAUAACUUUGAUUGAAGCGAAUGCUUUUAGAGGACUAGAAGAAUUAAAAACUCUAGAUUUAUCAUUUAACAAAAUAAACAUAGUAGGAGAAAAAACGUUUCUAUCUACGAAAUCUUUAUUAUCUCUGGACUUGUCUCACAAUUAUUUAACCUCUUUGGACAGUAUUACCAGUAUGUCUUUGAAUGUGCUUGAUGUUAGCUACUGUGAAAUAAAAAGUGUUGGAAAGUAUACCCUAUCUACUUUACCAAAACUUACUUAUUUAUCAUUAAAGAGGAACUUUAUCUCCUACAUUCCUGAUGAAUGGGUAGGCGACAAGUUGAAAAUUUUGGAUCUAAGUGAUUGCAGAAUAAAAAGUAUUAACAAUUUGACUUUUAGAGAUAUGCAAGACUUGCAAGACUUAGAUUUUUCUAACAACCGCUUAAUUACUGUACAAUUCAGUAACUUUCCACUAGGUUUGACCACAGUCAAACUAAGGGACAAUCAGUGGAGAUGUGAUUGCGCUGUGUUAAAAGAUACUUUUGAUUGGCUACAAAUACAUGGAUCGUUCGUUGAUGAUUUAAUUUGUGAUUCUCCUGAAAGUGUAGAUGGAAUGACCUGGCAAUCAGCUUGUGAAGAACAAUGGUAUCCUUCUUCAAAUAAAAAAGACCAUCUGUGGUGGUAUUCCAUAGCUCUAUUAAUUUCAAUGAUCUUCCUACUGUUCACAGUAGUAGCUCUAAGAAAAUUAAAUGACAUCAGAGAAAAGAGGUUUAGAGAAAUAGAAGAAAGAAGAAGGCAACAAGAAAGAGAAGCUAGAGAAGCUUUGCAACGCAUGCAACAGAUGCAAAGGGAAUACAGAGAAGAGGCCAACAGGAAUGCUCCCGAUCCAAGAGAAAGCCAGGGCCCGCCUUCAUAUAACGAUGCUUUGUUGCUUCCAAGACUUGAUUCUUCGCAUCCUAGCUUGGCAGGGAGCUUGCAUAGUCUUGGUGGUAGCAUACACGGAAGUAACCCUGAAGUAAAUAAAAAAGGAAAAGUAAGACGAAAAAAGCGGAGAAGGAGAUCAGAAUCUACUGAUCGAAUACAAACGCGAUCAAUUGCUGAGAAUUCAAACGAAUCUGAGCCUGAGAGAUCAAAUAGACCAAUGGAAAGUGAUUUCUAGAAAUGUAAAUGGAUAGAGAAUUUUUCAUUUGUGUAUAAACUUCUAAUUUAUUACGUAUAUUAUGAGUGGGUUAUGAAUAAGACUGUAUGAUACUUUAGAAAAGUUAAACUUAAUUUAGAUUGACAUUAAUGAAGUGAAUUGGUAAAUUUGUAAUAGUAAACAUGUCCCUGCAUUUAUUUUUGUAUCAAGGCAAUCCUAUUAUAGUUGUUAGUUGAGAUUCAAACAAGGGGAGAUAGCACUGUUUACACGUUGCAUUUAAUAACAAUGGUUCAGUUGUAAAAACAAAUUUGGC